ACCUCACGUCAUCGCUAGCUCUCCCUCCCCCCCUCUUUCCAUUUCCGGAGCUUAUUUUCACACGCGAUUUCCCGUCCCCCGAAAAAAAUAAAUUUCAAAAAUCUUCCACUACAGUCACGCGCAUCGAUCUCCUGUCGAAUCCCCAAUCCGCCGCGCACGAUCCACUCGGGCAGCAAUUACCUCCCGCAUUCUCUCCGAUUUGUCCCCCCCGCCCCAGUAUUCUCGCGCUUCUCCGAAUCGUCGGAUCUCGGGGUUCUCCCUUGCGCAAUCGGGCACGGGAUUUUUGCCAUUUGGAGCUUCCUUUUUUGCUCCAAAUUGGAGAUCUCGGUGCGAUUUUCUGUCGCCGCCACAAUUUUGAACUUCCCCGAGCAGCGAUUCAGACAGACUUUGCAGUUUGAGUGCUGUUUGUUCGUCGCGGCAUUGGAUCGGGCGCCGGUGGGUGAGAGGUUGGUGGGCGUCUGGUGAUCUGCGCCGCGCCAGCACAGCGUAGUGGGGCGAUGAGAGCUGGCGCCGUGGCCCCGAAGGCGGCGGCGGUAUGAGCGGCGGGGCGUCGCUGGGGCUCAGAUCGUCGGGGAGCUAUGGAUCCUUGCAGCAGUCCAACGGCCAGUUGCCGUCGGCGUCGCCUCCGCUCGCGCCCCGGAAGCCCGCGAAAACGUCCCUUGGCGGCGUCGGCCGCGGAGGCGAACGCCUCCUCUUCGCCCGGAUCUGCCUGUUCGCAGGCCGUCGCCAGCGGAUGCUCCUGCUCCUCCUUGUUGCCGUUGCUGUGGUCUUCUGCUUCCUCUUCUCAUCACUUAUCAGUAAAGAUGAAGUUGCAGCACCUGGUACCGAUACCGUGCUGGGAUUUUCUGAUCAUUUCCGGAGCUUUGUAAAUCCUGUUUGGUCAUCUUCUUUGAGUGAAAGUUUGAAUAUGACAUUACAAACAGGAAAAGAGUCUGGCAUCAGUCAUGUAAAGGAGCGGGGUCUUUUAAGGACUUUCCCACCAGCUAUUGCUCUGGAACACCAUCCUUGUGAAAAUUUCUCUUUUUCUCCUCCACCUAUCGACAGAAAACGCACGGGGCCAAGACCAUGCCCUGUUUGUUAUGUGCCUGUUGAGCAGGCGCUGGCAUUGAUGCCCGGUGCUCCAUCAGCGUCACCUGUCCUUCAAAGUCUAAAUUAUUUGUCUGAAGACAAUUUGAUUUUCAAGGAGUCCAACAGUGGUUCUUUGUUUGGUGGUUAUCCAUCCCUGGAACAACGAGACAGGUCUUAUGACCUAAAAGACUCGAUGGCAGUACAUUGUGGAUUUGUGAGAGGGAAGAUACCUGGUCUUAAUACUGGGUUCGAUGUAGAUGAAGCUGAUCUGUCUGAGAUGCAGCAGUGCCAUGGGACAGUUGUUGCUUCUGCUAUUUUUGGAAAUUAUGAUAUAAUGCAGCAACCAGAAAACAUCAGUGAAUUUUCAAAGGAUACUGUUUGCUUCUUCAUGUUUCUGGAUGAAGAAACAGAAGCUGCAAUAAAGAACACCACUAUGGUUGAUAACACAAAAAGAAUUGGGCUGUGGCGGGUGGUUGUUGUCCGCAACCUUCCAUAUUCAGAUGCAAGGCGCAACGGGAAGGUUCCAAAACUAUUGCUUCAUCGGCUUUUUCCUAAUGUGCGAUAUUCACUUUGGAUUGAUGGUAAACUUAAACUAGUGAAGGAUCCUUAUCAGCUAUUAGAGAGAUUCUUGUGGAGGAGAAAUGUGACAUUCGCUAUUUCCAGGCAUUACAGGCGCUUUGACGUCUUUGAGGAAGCUGAGGCGAACAAGGCUGGUGGAAAGUACGAUAAUGCUUCAAUUGAUAACCAAAUAGAGUUCUAUAAGAGAGAGGGUUUAACCCAUUAUUCAUCAGCUAAGCUUCCUAUUACAAGUGAUGUCCCUGAGGGCUGUGUAAUAAUAAGGGAGCACAUACUUAUCACCAAUCUCUUCACAUGCCUUUGGUUUAAUGAAGUUGAUCGCUUCACCUCCAGAGAUCAGCUAAGCUUUAGCACAGUGAGGGAUAAAAUAAGGUCAAGAGUUAAUUGGACUGCUGACAUGUUCCUGGAUUGUGAAAGGCGUGAUUUUGUUGUUCAGGCAUACCACAGAGAACUCUUGGAGCAAAGGCUGGCCGUGUUAAGAAGUCAGCCUCCACCACCGCCUCCUGUGGUGCUUGUGCAACAACCCAGAAAGAUGCUCCCAGACAAUGCGGCAAAGGAACUUGGGAGAGCUUCCGCAACAAAGAAGUUAACAGGGAAGCGUACACGGGACAGGAAAUCAAGCUCAAAGCGAUCCCAUCGAACCAAACUCAAUGCCGGGAAGGAAUCUAUUCGGCUGUAGAUAUCCUGGCAAUAUUUUGCUCCCAAAUGAUCAGGGAUCCUUCCAACAUGGCUCUUAUUUAACAUGUAUCCAUGGUCCCCUCCCAAAGGCUCGAAAAUUUUGUCAGGAUUUGUUGAUAGAGGAUUACAAUUUUUUGGUGUAAAUAAACAUUUUAGAAUAAAAGAUGGGUUCACAUACAGCUGCUUCAGUUCAAUGCAUCUUUUUUUUUUGGA